GUUGCCAAUGUACGUCGCUGAGCCGUCCGAUCAACUGAUCUAUGUGGCUAAAGGAUCGGGGAAGAUUCAAAUCGUCGGAUUUUCGAGUAAAAUUAAUGUAGAGGUGAAAAUGGGUCAGCUGAUUUUGGUCCCCAGAUACUUCGCCGUCGGGAAGAUCGCCGGAGAAGAAGGCUUGGAGUGUAUUUCCAUGAUCACAGAUACUCAUCCUUUGGUGGAAGAAUUGGCCGGAAAGACGUCGGUUUUGGAGGCAUUGUCGCCGGAGGUUUUUCAAGUUUCUUACAACGUCACGGCGAAGUUCGAGGAGCUCUUUAGGUCGAAGGUUUAACAAAGAUUUGUCUUUGGAUGAGAGACAAUAAUUGAUUAUUGUAUUAUUAUCAUUUAAUCAUGUAUUUGAUUUGGUCUAUGUUUGCAACAUGAUUGUAUUUCCAUGCCAAUAACAAUGUAAUAAUAUAUAAUAUUUGUUUGCCAAA